AUGGACUUGGGGACGGUGGAAGAAACAAAGAGAGAGAUAUUGAAUUGGUUGAAAGAAGACAAUGGGUCAACAAUUGUUCUUGUUGGCGUUGCUGGAGUAGGGAAAACAUGGAUGGCAAAGAAGAUAAGAGAAUGUGCAAGCAGUGAAGGCUUAUGCUAUGCUGUUCUCUGGGUAUCCAUGAAUGUAAAAUAUGAUACCCUAUCUCUUUACAAGAGUAUUGCUCAUCAAUUGUCUCUACCAUUCACUAUCGAGAAAUUGGAAGAUGACAUUGAUGAGGAAAAGGAGGAAAGCCUCAGUAACUUGAAGAAGAAAAUAUUAGAUAAGCUUCAGGAGAGGAGGUCGCCAAAGCAUCGAGAAAACAAGCCGCUUCUGCUAAUUCUUGAUGAUGAGGAGCCCAAGAGAGAUGAAGGCAAGGACUUGUCAGAGUUGAAAGUUCUGCUUAAUGUGAACUCCCAACAUAAACUGAAGCUUUUAAUUUCCAGAAGAAACAUUGAUGAUGGCCAGACUGCUGAUCCUUCUCAGAGAGAGAUUAAGAUUGAACCCCUGUCUAAAGAAGGCUCGUUGUCUUUAUUGAAGAAAAAAGUGGGGGCACGAGUUUCUAACUCUUCAGGUUUUGGGCAAUUCUCUGAAGCUAUUGCUGAAAAGAGCUUGGGUAUACCAGCUGCAAUCAUCCUGAUGGCAAAAGCCCUAAAUCAAAUUGGAGAAAAUGAUCUGGAUGGUGCUUUGGAAGAAGCAGCAAAGGAUGUAUCUCCGCUAUUGCACUGUGCAUAUGGAAUGUUACCGAGUGGUGUUGUAACGGACUGCUUUUGGCACUGUCGAGAAUUCUUUCACAACUAUGGUGGCGUGCACUACAACGAGUUGAUCGCUCACUGGAUAAUGGAAGGCUAUUUUGGUUCCAUUAUUGAUGUUGAAGAGGCUUAUGAAAAAGGACACUCUGUUUUGAUUCAGCUUAUGAAUCGACGCAUGCUUAAGAUACAGGAGGAUAAUAUUGCGAUACUUGAAGGUGCAACACAGAGCAUUAUUGAUAAUCGUCGGGGUGGAUUCAGUGGGACAGCCAGUGUUGGGCUGGCUAGCUUGGUUCCAGGUGGCGAAUGGAAAGGACUUGGCACAAUCACACCUAUGGAUGGCAUGAUUAAAACACUGUGCAGCAGUAAAAAAUGGGAAAAGGUCCAUACGUUACUGAUACAUGGAAGCCGCCUUUUAAGGGAAGUCCCUGAAAAAUUGUUUCAGCGCAUGGAUAGACUUGAGGUAUUUGCCCUUUUUGAUCUUAAACUCAAACCAUUGCCCUUGUCCUUGUGUCAAUUGAAAAACCUGCUUGUGCUUGUGCUUAGAGGUUGUGGUUUGUUAGACAAUAUUGAUCACGUCUCAGAGCUCAAGACAUUAACUGUUCUUGAGAUAUCUGGGGCUACCUCCUUGAUGAAAAUCUCAGAUGAUUUCUUUGCGCAACUGACUCGACUUCAGAGUCUUAACUUAUCUGGAUCCCAGCUCCAAUACUUACCUUCAACUCUUUCCAAACUGAUUGAAAUGCGUCGGCUUAUCCUUAGACAAUGUAUAAGGUUGGAAUGUCUGCCAAAAAUACUUGAACUUACAAAACUUGAAGUGCUUGAUCUCUCUGGUGCUACCUUGUUCAGUAAAAUCAAAGAAAAAAGCUUUGCAAUUUUUAAGAAACUCCAAAUUCUUGACCUUUCCAAUACCCAGAUUGAACGCUUACCAUUUAUCAAUGGCCUUGAAGAGCUGACACGCCUCUUAUUGAGAGACUGCACAAGCCUGUCAAGACUGCCCAAACUAGAAAAAUUACCUUGCCUCCAAAUUAUUGAUCUUUCAUAUGCUGACAAACUGAAGGAGAUCACCAUCAAUCAUCCAGCUUCCAACAUUGGCAAUCUUUCUGAACUCCAUUUGACUGGCUGUUCUAAACUAGAAGAACUUCCGUGUACAGAAAAGCUCACUGGCCUCAAAUUACUUGAUCUUUCUGGUGCUUCUAGCUUGAAAAAGUUCAAAGACAAAUCCUUUAACCAUCUGAGCCUCCUUCAUUCUAUCAACCUAACAAAAACCGAAGUGAAAAUUCUUCCGUCUCUGUCCAACCUCCAUAAUCUUCAAUUUCUAUUGCUAAGGGACUGUUCAUCCUUAGAAAAACUAGAUGUUGGAGGGCUUACAAGACUUAAGGAGCUAGAUCUCUCUGGUUGUGAGCGUUUGUGUGAAUUGCAGGAAUUAAAUGGCCUUGAAAAGCUGGAGGUUCUUGAUAUUUCUGGUUGUGCUGCUUUACCAGAAAUUGAAGAGCGAUCAUUUGUGAACAUGUCUUGCCUUCGUAAACUCAAUCUCUCAGCUACAAAGAUUGAAAGUCUAUCAUAUCUAAGUUCUAGCUGCCUUUGUCAACUUGUAUUAAGAAAUUGCAAGAACCUUGAACAUCUUCCAUCUUCAGAAUCCUUGUCAAAGCUUGAGGUGCUUGAUCUUGGUGGUGCUCAGGCUUUAGGUGAAAUCCUACCAGAAUUCUUUGAGCACAUGAUUCACCUUCAAAAUCUCAACCUGUCUCAUAAUACACUCAAAGAAAUUUCAUUUGUUUCCAAAUUCACCAAGCUCAGGCAGCUUUCACUGGAAUGCUGCUCGGGCAUAGUAGCAGUGCCAUUUUUGACAGAACUUACAGGACUCGAGGUUCUGGAUCUUUCCGAGACAAAUCUUCGCUCUCUACCAUCUUUGGACAAACUCAGCCACCUAUCUAAGCUUUUGCUUAGAAAAUGUUUGAGUCUAUAUGAUUUGCCAUCCCUGAAAUCACUUAUUCGACUGGAGUUUCUUGAUCUAUCAGAGAGUGGCAUUGAAAAAUUUCCCUAUGAAAUCUCAGAAUUGACUCAUUUAAAGCACCUUUAUUUGACAAACUUGAAGGUCAAAGUUGAUUGGGAGAGGAUUAAGCGCCUACCAGAGGAGAUAAUCUGUGAUCAGUUUGACAUUUCUAACCCUGAUGAAAUCCUCGAAGUCAACGAGAAGCCUUCCAUACUCGUGAAUGGGACAGAAUAUUUUCAGAAUUUGAAGAAUACUGAGUUACUCAAGACAUGCCUGAAUCGAAACUUUUUCUGUGUCUGUCCUCCUAUGAAGGAAGCUGAUGUUGGUGAUAUGUGUCUUCAGAGGCAGGAUGUUAUCUCAAAUGAUGCUUACUUUGACAUUAGAGAGUUUCCGUGUGGGAAUGCGCCAUCUAUGGAACUCUGUGGAUUUAAAAAUUUUCCUGCAGGUGUGAAGGAUGUCCUUGAGCAAGCAGAAUACAUCUCUUUGAUUGACAGUGGGUUUAUGAAAGGCUUGUCUAGUUUGGGCUCUGACAACUUGAAGUUGAAACGCUGUUGGUUAGAGAGAUGCACUGAAAUGGAAAAUGUUUUCUCUGAUCAGAAAGAUGUUAAAUUGGGUGAAAAUCUAGAGCUUCUAUGGGUUUCAAACCUUGUUAACUUCAAGAGCCUAUGUGGUGGGAAAGUGGGAUCUAUAAGCUUUAAAAAUCUUCAACAUCUGCAUCUAGAUUGUUGUCCAAUGCUGGAAGAUGUUUUUCCUUCAAAAUCAGGGCUGGAAAACCUCAAAAUCAUGAAAAUAAAAUUCUGUGAGAGAUUGAAGAUGGUAUUUAAAUGUGAUGGCUCAGUCAACUACGAAUUGCUAAAAUUGCAAGAGUUGCAUCUGUUUGAAUUGCCAGAGCUGACAUGUUUUGGGGCUCGAUAUCCACGUGAACUUAAACCUAAAGUCUUGGCAUGCCCAAAGCUGAAACUGAAAGAUUCAAAUGAUUUCUCAAAUGGGCAGAAUGCAUCUGCUCAAAAUGCGGGAACUGGAGCAUAA